AUGAGGUUAGGACUCUGCUCAAGGACUCAUCCACAACCUAGGUCAUCCUUUCUUCCUCACUCUCGUAUACUCGGAACCCCAUCUCUCUCCUCUUAUUCUCCCAUCUCAUUUCCUCGAAAGCGUUUCACCUUCUCAGGGAGAAAGAAAUUAAUUUUACGCGCUCAGAAUCUUGAUUAUAAAAGUGAGCAGCAGCUAAGUGCAGCAUAUAUGGAUUUAAGGAAAGAAUUUCCAGAAUUGAAGAGAAACCUUUAUCCGGAUAUAGAACCAUAUAGUACAGGGUUUUUGAAGGUUUCCGAUCUUCACACAAUCUAUUGGGAGCAAUCAGGAAAUCCAAAUGGGCAUCCAGUUGUUUUUCUCCAUGGGGGUCCAGGUGGUGGAACAUCACCAAGUAAUCGGAGAUUCUUUGAUCCUGAAUUUUAUCGGAUCAUUUUAUUUGAUCAGCGAGGUGCUGGUAAGAGUACACCCCAUGCUUGCUUGCUGGAGAACACAACAUGGGAUCUAAUUGAAGACAUUGAAAAGCUAAGAGGACACCUAGAAAUUCCAGAAUGGCAGGUGUUUGGUGGGUCAUGGGGAAGCACACUUGCUCUUGCAUACAGCCAAUCACAUCCUGAUAAGGUUACUGGAAUUGUGCUUAGAGGGAUCUUUUUGUUGCGGAAGAAAGAGAUUGAUUGGUUUUAUGAGGGUGGUGCUGCAGCCAUAUUCCCUGAUGCUUGGGAGCUAUUUAAGGAUCUUAUUCCAGAGAAUGAAAGAGGAUGUUUUAUCGAGGCCUACCAUAAGAGAUUAAACUCCGAUGACAAUGAAACACAAUUUGCGGCUGCCAGGGCAUGGACCAAAUGGGAAAUGAUGACUGCUCAUCUUCUUCCAAGUGAGGAGACCAUAAAGAGAGGGGAUGAUGACAACUUUUCUCUGGCAUUUGCGAGGAUUGAGAACCACUACUUUGUAAACAAGGGAUUCUUUCCUUCGGAUUCAUACCUGUUAGAUAACAUUGAAAAGAUCAGGCAUAUAAAUGCUGUAAUUGUACAGGGAAGAUAUGACGUUUGCUGCCCCAUGAUGUCAGCAUGGGAUCUUCAUAAAGCUUGGCCACAGGCGGAUUUUAGGGUGGUUCCAGAUGCAGGACAUUCUGCUAACGAGCCAGGAAUAGGAGCAGAACUUGUAGCUGCAAAUGAGAAGAUGAAAAAUAUUAUCAACAGAAAUUAG